AGUUUUACCUCCUCCUGGCCCUUUUCAGAUCGAAGCCCUUGCGCACCCCUUCGCCCCCGCUCGCUGCCAGGGGCGGGGAUCACUUAAUAUUGCUUAAGGGGAGGCCAUCUCCGGAGGAGAGGAUCAGGGAUCGCUUCCGAUCUGGCCAAGAGGGCUGGGUAGCGGCAGGAAGGAGGUGGAGAGAGGAUCGUAUAAAGGCAGGAGACCAGACCCUUGCCUCCCCCAUCGCGGCUCGGAGUUCCUCGCCUCCUAUUCCAGCCUCUGCUUGAUUCCUGGUUUUCUGAAGGGCGGUGCAGGCUCCCUCUUCCACCGGCAGCAUUCGCAGGAAUAAAUCGCCCCAACACCACUUCGGGUGGUUGCAAAGAUCCGUAUAACCAACCAUAAGAAGAGCCUUGGCGAUCCCUGUCUUCUCUUGUUGUGUUUCUAUGAAGCAGAGGAUGGCUAGAAACCCCAGUCCAACUUGGAUGGCCAUACCCUUUGGUCUGCUUUUCCUUGUCCAGGAAAUCCAUGGCUUCUUCUUGCCCAACACCACCGAUUUGGAAAACAUCCUCAGCAAAUACCGGGACGAGCAACCCCAUUCAAGGACAAAGAGAGCCAUUUCCCACUCAGACAAAGAAGAGAUCCUGAUGCUCCAUAAUAAACUGAGGGGCCAAGUCUACCCCUCAGCCUCCAACAUGGAAUACAUGAGGUGGGACGAUGAGCUGGAGAGAUCAGCUGAGUCCUGGGCCCAUCAAUGCAUUUGGGAUCAUGGACCUGCCACCCUUCUAAUGUCGAUUGGGCAAAAUCUGGGAGUUCACUGGGGCAGGUACCGCGCUCCAGCUUUCCAUGUCCAGUCAUGGUAUGAUGAAGUGAAAGAUUAUACCUAUCCCUAUCCUCAUGAAUGCAACCCAUGGUGUCCAGAGAGAUGCUCAGGAGCAAUGUGUACUCAUUACACACAGAUUGUCUGGGCCACGACAAAUAAAGUCGGCUGCGCUGUGAACGUCUGCGCGAGGAUGGACGUGUGGGGCGAAGUCUGGGAGAAUGCCGUCUAUCUGGUCUGCAACUAUUCUCCCAAAGGCAACUGGAUUGGAGAAGCUCCGUACAAGAACGGCCGCCCUUGUUCCGAAUGCCCACCUAGUUAUGGUGGAGGAUGUCAGAACAACCUGUGUUACAAAGAUGAGCAUUAUGUAGCGAAACCCGAAACAGAGGAGACGAACGAAGUGGAGAUCCCGCAAGUGACAGAAGACAAACACGUGUGGGUGCAAGAGAGGGUGAAGCCUCAACCCACAAAACCGGUGAAGGACAAGAAAGCAACUAGCACGGUCCACAUGACCCAAGUCAUCAAAUGCGACACCAAAAUGAGAGAUAAAUGCAAAGGAUCCACAUGUAACAGGUACCUGUGUCCUGCCGGCUGCUUGAACAGUAAAGCAAAAGUGUUUGGGAGCUUUAACUAUGAGAGUUCCUCCAGUAUAUGUCGGGCGGCCAUUCAUUCCGGAGUGUUGGAUAAUCGAGGAGGUCUCGUAGAUAUUACCAGGAAGGGCAGAACAGACUUCUUUGUGAAGUCAACACGAAACAGUGUUGAAUCGUUAAGCAAAUUCAAGCCUUCCAAUGGUUUUGCUGUUUCAAAAGUCACAGUGCAGACUCUGGACUGUUACACCACAGUGGAAGAGCUGUGCCAGUUCAGGAAGCCAGCCACUCAUUGCCCAAGGUCUUACUGUCCAGCAUAUUGCAAGGAUGAGCCAUCCUACUGGGCCCCGGUCUAUGGCACUAAUGUUUACGCAGAUAAUUCCAGUAUCUGCAAAGCUGCAGUGCAUGCUGGGGUCAUUGGGAACCAGGAGGGCGGCUACAUAGAUGUCAUGCCUGUGGACAAGAAGAAAUACUACAGUGGCUCCUUGAAGAAUGGAAUCCGAUCCGAAAGCUUAAAGACCCCGCGAGGCGGGAAAGCCUUCCGAAUCUUUGCCGUAAAGCAAUAAGCUUCCAAGCCAAGGAAACCUUUCUGCCGGGAGGCCCAUACUGCACUGUACCUAAGGAGAACUUACAGAUGAUGGUGUUCAUCUUGGCCAAUACCUGACGAGGUCCAAAUAGCCAAAACUCUUGAAAGGAGGACAAAGAUGGCCACAAGACUCAAGUUCGGAUUUAACUCUCCACAUCCCACUCAGUGUUUUUUUAAUUAUUAUUAUUAUUAUUUACAUUCAAAUGUUUAGGUCAUUUAGCCAAAGUUGCAGGUCUACAACACUUCUCCUCCACCAGAUGCGCUGCUUUGAUUGCUCAAAGAGUGUGUUUCGUACUUCUCCAACUUCAAGGCUGCUCCUUAGGAAAACUGUACCACCUCCAUGUUUUAGAAAUAUCUUCUGUGUUUGAGGAGAGAAUCCAGGUCAUUCUGGUGGCUCUUGGCUUCAUUGUUAGCCGGACAGAUUUAAGUGCUGUCUUGACACCCUCAGUGCAGAGGUUCUGUAGACCUGGAAAAAGUGUAUGAAGUUGAUGAAAGAGAAGGAACCUUUGUGAAACAGCAACCAUUCUGGAAACUAGGAAUAGAUCUUAAACAAAAAUGGCAAAAUAGUCGAGUUUGCUGGCCAAACAAUUACAGGACAUUAAGACGGUAGGGGAUGUUGUUAACAAGAAGAAAAUGAGACCCCUGCCUAGGCACAUUUUCAUCCACAGUACAUUUGAUGGCAUGGUGUUAUUUACAAUUAAAUGCAAUUUAUUGUAUUCAGCAGAGCUGAUCAUAUCUCAGCUAAGCAGUGGUCACUGAAAGCUGAUCUUUCUUUUCCUCAGAAACGUUAAGGGCGUUUCACUUCGGCUUUCCUGUUUGUACAGACGAGAGGCUUUAUUUUAAAUAAGUGCAUCGGGAUUAACUGCAACAUAUAUAAUUAUACAAAGCUACUAAAGCUGGUCUGGGUUUUUUUUUGUACUCAAAACAUACACACAUAUUACAUGGAAAUGUUUUCAUUAUGAAUGGUGCUAGCCUGUAGAGUGAUGGCAGUUUGAUAGCACUUUAGCUGCCAGGGCCCUGUGCUAAAGAAUGCUGGGAUUUGAAGUUUGUUGAUGUCAAUAGGAUUAUGGGCUGUAGUUCAGGAGCCCAAAGUUCUCCAGCACGAAUCCUAAGCCCCAGGAUUAUGUAGGAUGCAGUCAGGAUGGUUAAAGUGCUAUCAAGCUGCAAUAACUGGGUAGUGUAGAUGCACUCCAACAUCCAUACAGUUAUUCUAGGGUUUAGAGGUUAAGAAUGUUGUAAUAUUUCCACCCUUUAAAAUGACAUCUAUGACCGAGGUCCCCAAAACUUGCUUGUUUCUCUUAUGCAGAUCUGGUUAUAUUGUAUUUACAUAUCAAACCAAGAUCUCAAGCCACAUCUGAAUGGUGUAUGUGGAACAUGUAAUUCCAGUCUGUUGAAUGUCAUCAACACAAGGAAGCACACACUGCAAACAAAUCAGAUGGGCUUUGGUGUUGAUUUGGGUUGGGGAUCCCUCUCCCUUAGCUAUACACUCAAGGAACCAUCCAAAAUGAUUUGAUCAAUUAUCUCCAGUGGUUUGGAAAUAUUGAGACCUGGGGUGAGGCAAUGAUGUAAUCAUCAUAUGCAUGGCUCUGUGGCCUCUGAUCAGCAAUCGUAUAAGACAGUGGUUUCCAACCUUUGCUUCCCUAGAUGUUUUUGGGCUAAAACUCCCCAAAGUUUUCGCCACUCGCUGUGCU